UUAAAUGGGAUUUCCCAUCCUGCCUUUACUGGACUAGCCCCAGCUGACAGUGUAAACAAAGCAUUGCGAUGACAGAGUAGCGUCAUGCACUGCUGAGCUGUCUGCCCAUAGCUCUUUAAGUCAAUAAAAGGAGUUCUGUGUGCCAAACAAGCUGGGUUUUGCUAAGCAAAGUUAGAGAAAACUCUGGAGAGGCAUUUGACUGCUCAUGUGGAAGCCAGCUCCAGUCAUGUGCUAGUCCUUCUCUGAUCAGUGCCUAAUGAGUGGGGAGUUAUGACGUCCUGCUAAGCCUGUGUGAUGGUCCUACAGCCUCAGACUGAGAACUGCAGCUUAGGUUGAAGAAUUUAACCUUAUAAGUUGUUAUUUUCCCACAUGUGUCUCAACUCUCAUGGUUUGGUACAUGUGAAAACCAGCAAAGCGUUGUACUGUGAGCUAAACUCUGUGGCAGGUUCGGCACUCAGCUGCAGAAUGGCUAACUGGGACUAUGACUAUCUGAUCAAGCUGCUGGCUCUGGGGGACUCGGGAGUGGGAAAGACCACCUUCCUCUACAGGUACACUGACAACAAGUUCAACCGCAAAUUCACAACCACAGUGGGCAUCGACUUCAGGGAAAAGAGAGUGGUUUAUACUGGGACAGGUGUAGAUGGGGCAACUGAGAAGAACUUCAGAGUUCACCUUCAGCUUUGGGACACAGCAGGACAAGAGAGGUUCCGCAGCCUCACCACAGCUUUCUUCCGAGAUGCCAUGGGCUUCCUGUUGAUGUUUGACUUGACCAAUCAGCAAAGUUUCCUCAAUGUCAGAAACUGGAUGAGUCAGCUGCAGGCCAACGCGUACUGUGAGAGUCCAGAUGUGGUGUUGGUGGGCACCAAGGCAGACGUCAGAGACAUGAGAAGUGUUCACGCCAGGCAAGCCAGAGAUCUGGCAGACAGAUAUGGCAUCCCGUACUUUGAGACGAGUGCAGUGACGGGUGCUGAUGUGGACCUGGCGGUGACCACCCUGCUGAAUUUGGUGAUGAAGAGGAUGGAGCAGAGCACAUACGGGGGCCAAGGCUCAGAACCCAAUGGCAGCCCCGUCUCCAGCCAUGAAGUGGAGGAGGCAUCUGUGGGGAGGAGAUGUGCCUGCUGAUGUUGCAACCACCAGCUCCUCUUUUCUCUUUUACACCAUAUAUCACUGCAUUUUGAGAUCCUACCAUUUUCUAGAGAUCUACAACACUGCCUGUGAAAGGAGACAUUUGAGAUCCUAAAAUCAAGCAAAAUAUAAGCCCAUACUGUACAUGAAAGGAGAAGAGCUUUGGAAAGUUUCAUUUAAAGCAUUAUUAUUGUUACAGUAUAAAUUCAUCUUCUAGUGUUAUUUAUUCACACACUUUGUAUUGUCAGAAACAACAUAAAAGAAAACUGCAAAAUGAAACAACUGUAUGUCCACUUAUAAAAAACUGCAGUACUAUGUAAAAGUCUUGAACCCCUUAUUUCUUUAUAUUUUGCAUCCAAGGAGCCAAACUUUCUUAUUAUGUUGGUCUUUACUUUCUGAAGGUCAUUCAAAGUUUUUCUUUGGACACUGGCUGUUUUUAACACAUUUUCUGAAGAAUGUUUAUUUAAGCCACUUUAGCUGACUUAUAAUCAUUCACCGGAAAAUAUGCAACUCAACAGAUGAGCCAGUAUUGUGUCUACACAUAGGAAACAACUUGGCAAAUAACCAGUCAAUACCUGUGUCUUUCAAGCUCUUUACAAUUGAAAACUUUUUACCUUUUAAACUGUAUUUCCAUAUAUGUCUGUUUGAAAAACAUUCCUGGCCCUCAUUCCCAUUUUCAAGUAACGUUACUUACACAGCACUGUGAACAGGUCGAAUAUUGGCUCUUUUGACAUGUUCGUACAAACACACCACAGAUAAAGAUAUGGGUUCAAACAAAUGCCCCAGAGUAAUUUUUAUAAUUCAAAAAAAUGAUUAAAAAUAUAGAUAGAUACAAGACAGAUAGAAAAAGUAAGUACACUGAUACAUUUAUCUUUCUUUAAGUGUAAAAUUAGGUGGUUGGGUUACUAGUGUUUUGAAGAACUUUAUGCAGUGAUAUUUAAACAUGUGGUCUGGCUUAUUUAAACGUUUGACAUCUUGGGUGUGUUGUUCUUUUUGUCAUUGAAAUGUGCGGUGUGAGUAUCUGAAGAACUCUCAGACUUUCUACAGAAUCCUAUGAAAUCUUUUGAAAUAAUCAUUUCACUGUAAAUCAUAUACCAGUGGCAAAUAUAGUCCCCAAAACUCAGUCGUAGUAUGUGCAGGUAACUGUUGGUGCCAGUGCGUACAUGUCUACUCUCCAAAGAGGCUCAGAAUGCUGAUAAAGACAAAAGCCUUCUCUGGGCAUACAAAAACUAGGAAAGAGAAGACCAAAGGGUGCUUUCCAGAGGAAAGUCAUACUAAGUGUGAUGCAUGAUGUUGGAAAUUUUCUGGUCUGGGGUUGCUUUGCUGCCUCAGGCAGCUGGUAGUCAAUGAUUCCACUCAGUCACAGAUAAUGUGAGGAAAGUUGUCUAAAAGUGGAAGUUAAAAUUAUCCAAAUCCACUAACUGUAUAUAAAAGAUGGACAUAGCCUCUGGCUUUGAAUGCCAAUACAGACUUCCAAUUCCAAAAGACUUCCAGUUCCAAAGAAGUUUUGGGGGGAAAAGGCCCCUGGCUCUCAAUAAACAUUUUCUUGAUUAAUUUAUGGGCUUGUGGCAGUUUCCAGUUAUAUUAAACACAUCCUGAAGUUCAUAUGUUAAAAUGUAA